GAUUGGAUGGAGGAGGUGCUCUGUAGGCGGAUAACUCAGACACUUAAAGCAGCCCGCUUUAAACCGCGUCCAGUUCAAUUGUGCUGUGCCAUACGCAAAAAUUAGCUGGGAAGACGCUACACCCGGAUCGCAUUGUUAAUUCAUUGGGUCUGUAGGAGAAGAGAGCACGAGACACCGUGAACGAGACAACGCAAGGACGCGACAGGACUGGUGGGGAGCUAUUUAGGAACUCCUCUGGGACAGUAUUUCGUAUUGACACCUUAGAGGAGAGAGGAGGCCAGUCACCAGGACUUCACACACUCAGAGAGGGAUCAUUGGGCGAGUCCGUCUGCAACCAUGGAAGCUGCUCCAUCCGAGAUGAACACCAUUCCCAAUGGCAAGGGACAUGAGACAGCGGAGGGGACGACCUCUUCUGCCAAAUCACCAGUCGACAACUCCGCACAAGAAACUGUAUCCAGCUGUACCCAAAACUCAACGGAAACUGCACCUAGUGCUGCACAAACUGCCACGGAAACCGUUCCCAAUAGCACAGAAAGCACAACGGACGCUGUCCCCAAUUGUACAGAGAGUACUAAGGAAAAUGCACCUAAUAGCACUCAGAAUGACACCACCAACAGAACUGAGGAUACUGAGGCAAAUCUGGCAGAAAGCCAUGAGUUUUUGUCUCCUGUGGAUGACAAAAAAACUCCACGCUUCACAGAUUUCGAGGGGAAGACCUCCUUUGGAAUGUCCGUGUUCAACCUGGGAAAUGCCAUUAUGGGCAGUGGAAUUCUGGGAUUGGCAUACGCCAUGGCCAACACUGGCAUCGUCUUGUUUUUGUUCCUGCUAACGGCAGUGGCAGGCCUCUCCUCCUACUCCAUCCACUUGCUGCUCAAGUCCUCAGGCAUUGUGGGCAUCAGAGCAUAUGAACAGCUGGGUUACCGAGCUUUCGGGACACCAGGAAAAAUGGCUGCCGGCAUUGCAAUCACCCUGCAGAAUAUUGGAGCCAUGUCCAGCUACCUGUACAUCAUCAAGUAUGAGCUUCCCCUGGUCAUCCAGGCCUUCUGCGGGGUGGAUAAGCCAUCAGGCGAGUGGUACCUGAAUGGGAACUACCUGGUGAUCAUCGUGUCCAUCAGCGUGAUCCUGCCGCUGGCCCUGAUGAAGCAGCUCGGUUAUCUGGGCUACACCAGUGGCUUCUCCCUCAGCUGUAUGGUGUUCUUCCUGAUCGCUGUCAUAUAUAAGAAGUUCCAGUUGCCCUGUCCCUUUGAGGAGUUCUCCUUCAACAGGACGAUCACGGCCAGUCUGAUGAAUGCCAGUGUAAUAGCUGAGCCUCGAGGGGGGAUCGAGGCAGUGGUCGACCCAUCAUGUGUGCCUAAAAUGUUCAACAUCAACUCAAAGACAGCCUAUACAAUCCCCAUCCUGGCAUUCGCUUUCGUGUGCCACCCCGAAGUCCUGCCCAUCUACACAGAGCUGCGCAACCCCACCAAGAAAAAGAUGCAGCAUGUGUCCAACAUCUCCAUUGCAGUCAUGUACACCAUGUACUUCCUGGCUGCUCUGUUUGGAUAUCUGACCUUCUAUGAGAGAGUAGAGUCUGAGCUUCUGCACACCUACAGCAGAAUUGAUCCGUACGACACCCUCAUCCUGUGUGUGCGUGUUGCUGUGCUCACAGCCGUCACGCUCACCGUACCCAUAGUGCUCUUCCCGGUUCGUCGGGCCAUCCAGCAGAUGCUGUUCCCCAACAAGACCUUCUUUUGGCCGAGGCACAUUGCCAUCGCCUUUGUUCUGCUCACCAUCAUCAACCUGCUAGUUAUCUUCGCCCCCAACAUCCUCGGCAUCUUUGGGUUUAUUGGUGCCACGUCUGCCCCCUGUCUAAUCUUCAUCUUCCCUGCGGUCUUCUACAUCCGCAUCGUGCCCAAAGAGGACGAACCUCUGCGCUCUCCUCCCAAGAUUCUGGCCAUCUGUUUUGCCAUCCUUGGCAUCCUGUUUAUGAUAAUGAGCUUGAGUUUCAUCAUCAUCGAUUGGACAACAGGGAGCAGUAAAGCCAGCAGUGGUCACUAAGCCCUUCCCACCAUCAUGUGCAAGUGGGGUGUUUUGUUUUUAUAAUUUAAUUUGUAUCUCCUGUGUAUCAUUUUGAGUCAUUAUUGUAGAGAAUGCACUCUCUCUCUUUCUCUCUCUCUCUCUCUCUGUCUCUAUCUCUGUCUCUCUCGUUCUCGUUCUCUCUCUCUGUGGAAAGUUGAGACAAGGCCAGUGUACAGCAGGGGCAUUCAGAAGCCUGGAUAGUUAUUGCAGUCAUUUCAAAACGUUAGUUCCUCGUGUCCUUGGCUUCCACUCAGAGCCACGGUGUCUGUGUUCGUCUCUGUGUCCGUGUGAAGGUGCCCGCCAAAGUUACCCUGCUCCAAAAUAAGCAAUCCCAACUUUCCAGGACAGAAAAAGAUGGUGCAUUCUCUCCGAGCAAAGGGUGUCUCACCUCUCAAGCAGAUUUGCUAAAAAAAAAAAAACUGGUCCCAUUUCUCAUCUCCCAUGACUGAGUAGGAACACUCAAUGUUUUUUUUUUGUUUUGUUUUGUUUUGCGUGUCUCUUUGUUAUAACCUCUCACCUACACAAAUGCGGAACCACGGUCAUCUAUGGAGUGUCUUUGGGAGAACCAGAGCCUCGAAGGAAGGGAGGCUGCGUGAGUGUGCUUUCAUAGUAGUCUAUGUACCUGUGGUGCAACAGUCAACUGUAAUAACUUAUUAUUAUCCUCUAGCACAGUGGUUCUUAAACAUUUUGAAGCAGAGGCAGAGAAUGUCUUCUCUCAUAGGUAGGCUAUAUCAACACCA